ACUUCAGAACAAAAGACACUAAGAAAAGUCAUAAGAUCUAGUGCCCAACAACAUGACAAUUCAAAAUCUUUCAAUACCUAUGAACCCCUACAUCACUAAUGACUGCAAAGUGAAACAUUUGUUGACAUCAAAUUUUUAUUCUGAUAGGUUUAGGGAAAAAAGAUUAAACAAAAGGCAUGUGUAUGAAGACAUAAAAAGUUAUAUCAUGGUUUCUCGGUUAAUCAUACAAAAGAGAGCCAUAAAUGCUCAAAAAUGGUUGCUGCAUAAAGUUCACAGAUACAGAUUGAGAUCCCUUCAAAUAUGUUUACACUCCAUUUCCAUUCUUAGUGGAUCCAUACCGUCAAUUCAAGUGGGACCCAUUAUAUACAAGUGAGUCCCUCACUCAUUAAUGGUGGAUGAUUUUCCAAGAAGAAUGGAGGAAAAAAGGAUUCGAGU